UCUCUUCUUGUUCUUGUACUCUCUUGUUCUUGUGAUUUUUUCUUGUUUAUUUUAAUAUAAAAAGAAGGUAUAAGAUUUCUUGAUAUAUAUAUAUAUGUGGGUGUAUGUAUAGAUGAGUGUGUGUUGUGUGUGUUUUCUCCUCAACUUUUGAUGGGCUUAUAAUUAGAGGAGGAGUGCAUAUGACUUUCAAGAACUCAGAACAAAGUUGUUGAUUUUGAGUCACUUUUUUACUUCUUUUUUUUUAAUUUUAUUUUAAUAAUAUCUCUGCUUUUACAAAGAGAUGGAGAGACUGAACCUCAUGAGAAAUGGGGUGCUAAGAUUGCCACCUGGGUUCAGAUUUCACCCCACUGAUGAAGAGCUGGUGGUACAAUACUUGAAGCGUAAGGUACUCUCCUGUCCACUCCCAGCUUCCAUCAUCCCAGAGGUUGAUGUCUGCAAGUCUGAUCCUUGGGAUUUGCCAGGGGAUUCAGACCAGGAGAGGUACUUCUUCAGCACCAGGGAGGUGAAGUACCCAAACGGGAAUCGGUCGAACCGGGCCACAGGCUCGGGCUACUGGAAAGCAACUGGUUUAGACAAGCAAAUCGUGAGCUCCAGAACCCACCAAAUCGUGGGGAUGAAAAAGACUCUGGUUUUCUACAGAGGGAAGCCCCCAAAGGGCGCCAGAACCGACUGGAUCAUGCAUGAGUACCGCCUCAUUACUGCAGAAAAACCGGCCCAGGAGAAUUGGGUUCUCUGCAGAAUAUUUUUGAAGAGGAGGAGCAGCAGCAAGAACGAGGAAGAGGCUGCAGCGACCGAGAACGGCGGGGCGGCGCCGGUUUUCUACGACUUCAUGGCUAAGGAGAGGGCUGAUUUAAAUCUCCUCCCGGCCAACUCGUCUUCCGGUUCAAGUGGGAUCACAGAGAUUUCGAACAGAAACGAGUCGGAUGAUCAUGAAGAAAGCAGUAGUUGCAAUAGUUUCAUCGCCAGUCUUAGAAGGAAUAAAUGCCCUUGAAAUGGAAACAAAAACACCAUGUAUAGACAGACCACUUGUACUAAUCUAGAUUUCAGCCAAUCACUCCCUAUGAUCAAAAUGCAGAGAACAAAAGAGGGUAAAAAAACCGGAGUUUUUUUUUUUCUUAAUUCUCAGCAAUUUUAAGAAAGUCAAGAAGGAUAUGGGAAGAUCAUUAUCUGUACUAAACACCAAAUUUCAGAGUAAUUUUGUGAUGAUUUUGUCAUGAUCAA